AUGCACUGCAGCAACUCACUAACACCGAUUGAUGUAUGUGGAACCUCCAAGUGGGUACGCAGCUAUGCAGAUGAUGUUCCUGUGGAUAACGAAUUGGAGAAAAGUGAGCAGGACGUAAAGAAACAACCUAAAUGGAUGUUUGACACAACUGAUCUUAUCCAGAAUGACUUUUGUUACACUGGUUGGUAUUAUAAUGGUUAUUGUUAUCAAUUCAUCCCAAAGAAAAGGAUUUGGGUGAAUGCUGAGAUGUAUUGCAAAGCAGUUGCUCCAGGUGGCCAUCUUGCCUCCAUACACACAGAGAAAGAGAACGAGUUCAUUGGACGGGUGAUACAUGAAAAACUGCAAACAAAUCCUGAAACAUGGAUUGGUCUGAAUCAAAUCUACAAGUGGGGGCAUUGGAUGUGGACAGAUGGAUCUGUGGUGGAUUUCACAAGGUGGUACACAGGCAGACCACAUAUGAAUCAGACACUUUUGAAGAGAUGUGCACAUUUUAACUUUGGUUAG